ACAUUUGCAUUUGAUAAACAGUCACAUUUUCACGUGUAUUUUUAUUGUAGUCAAUGUGUUACUUGAUAUUUAUCAGAUUUUUUGCUGGUACUAUAGAUUUCCAUAUGGAUUAAGAGUUUCGUGUAAAAAUAACAUCCGAAUUCAUAUUCUAAUACUGACAAUAACAGUUGUUAUUUAUGUUAUAAUUCAAUUCUUUAUCAGUUCCAAUAAGAGUCCGAGUAAAGUUGGGAAUUAGAAAUCUAUUAUAUUCUGAAGAAAGAUGACUUACGACUGGUUUGAGUCUAUAGGACGGCCACGGUUUGUGGUUGCUCCAAUGGUUGAUGCCAGUGAGCUAGCUUGGCGCCUUUUAUGCCGGCGACAUGGAGCAACAUUAUGCUACACGCCUAUGUUUCACAGUAAUGUUUUUAAUAAAGACCCUAAGUAUAGGAAAGACAACAUGGUUACGUGUGAGGAAGAUCGUCCUCUAAUUGUACAGUUCUGUGGAAAUAACCCUGAAAUAAUGGCAUCGGCUGCGAAACUCGUUGAGGGUCAAUGUGAUGCCAUAGACAUAAAUCUUGGCUGUCCACAAUCCAUAGCCAAAAGAGGCAGAUAUGGAUCCUUCCUCCAAGAUGACUGGGAUCUAUUGAAGAAAAUUGUACAGACAAUGUCUGAAGCAGUUUCAGUGCCAAUAACAUGCAAAGUAAGGAUUUUUGAGAGUAUAGAGAAAUCAGUGGAGUAUGCUCUCAUGUUACAAAAUGCUGGAUGUAAAAUGCUCACAGUUCAUGGUAGGACUAGAGAACAAAAGGGACCAUUGACUGGUAUUGCCAGUUGGGAACAUAUAAAAGCAGUAAGGGAGGCAAUAUCAAUACCCAUGUUAGCUAAUGGGAACAUUCAAUGUUUACAAGAUGUCUACAGAUGUUUGGAAUAUACUAAAGUAGAUGGUAUAAUGAGUGCAGAAGGAAAUCUUACAAAUCCAGCCAUAUUUGAAGGAAUAAAUCCUGUGACUUGGGAGAUAGCUAAUGAGUAUUUAGAAUUAGUAGAACAGUAUCCCUGCCCAACAUCUUAUAUCAGAGGACAUUUAUUUAAAAUAUUUCAUAAAAUAUUUUCACUAGAAGAAAACAAUGAAGAUAGACAAAUUCUGGCCACUGCACAAAACUUAGAUGACUUCAAGAGAGUGUGUGUCAAUGUUAGAGACAAGUACUUGCCAUACCAUGAAGGUAAAAUUAAUAUUGAGAAUGAUGAAAGUAUAACUAGGAUUGGAUUCAAUUUAAUACUACCUCCAUGGAUAUGCCAGCCUUAUGUAAGAAUGUCACCAGAAGAACACACACGAAAAAUGGAGAAGUUGAAUAUUAUUCAGGAAAAUGCUGCUGAAAAAAGGAAAUGUGAGGACACUGAUGGAACAACUCUAUCUAGAAAGAAAAUGAAAAAAUUGAAGAGAAUAAGCAGAAGGCCAGAAAAGCCAGAUUCACAACAGAACACUAGAAGUGGCCAAAUCUGUUUUAGUGAAGAUUGUCCCAAUCCUCUUGGUGGAAAAUGUUUAUACCAACUAUGUAAAAGAUGUUGCAGAAACAAAUGCUAUGAAGAAGAGUUAGAUUGUAAAGGACAUGGAAUACUGGUUCAUACUAGACGCGAAAUGGCGAGGAAAUUUGCAAAUGGUCAGGCUAAAACAGAAACUGCUACAACUUAAUUUAUACAGGACAUUGGUGACGAUCUAGGGGAAUUACCUAACAAUGUAAAUAUGUGUAAAAAAUGUACAAGUUUUAAGAGAAAAUGUUAAAUACAAUUAAUGAAUUUGUAACUGG